AAUAUCACAUCCGUAUAACGUUUUAAUCUAUUGUGAAGGAAAGUGUCCAAAUAAGAAGAAUACCAACAGCGAUGAAAUUGAUUUCUGCUUCGUGGAUAAUCAAUUAACAUUAAAAAUGACGAGAUUUAGACAAACAGAAGAUGAUCUGUACAAUUUAGAGUCAAAAUUUGACUCUCUACGCAAUGAGUAUUUAGUGUGCAAGAGAAAACUUGAAAGCAAAUGUCAGGCCUUAUUGAUUCUUACAAAAGAAAUGGGACAAUGUCGAAGUGAAAGGGACCAAUUCAAGCUCAUGGCUGAGCAGCUUCGUGAAAGAUACCAAGGUCUUAAGAAACAGUUACAUGGACAGAUUCCCAAAAACUUUGAUGAUAGCAAAGGUGGUCUGCAUAGAUUGGGAGAGGUACCUUUACAAGCUCUGCUUGUUGAAUCAAGAGAACAAACCAAAUGUCUUCAGUUUGAAGUUGAUGACCUGAAGCAAAAACUACAGGAUGCAUGGGGUGAUAUAAAGCUGCUAAGGGAACAGAUAGCUCGCCAGAGAGUAGGAACAACAGAUGAAGGUAUUAACACCAGACAUUUUCCUGCUCAUGAAAGAGAGGGUCUUGUCAAACAGCUAGAAGACUUCAGAGUACAGUACACACAGUUAGAGAGAGACCUGCAGCAGGUGCUUGAUGAGAAACAAGAACAAGAGACAGAGAGGGACGCCUAUAAAACAAAGUAUGAGAGACUGAAUCAGGAGCUAAACUACAUACUGAAGGGCGACGAGCGACGAGUGGUGGAUCUAGAUGCACUUAUCAUGGAGAAUAAGUACCUCCAAGAACGACUCAAACAGAUGGAAGAGGAGAAAUCUAUAGCAAUGGCCACAGUUUCUAAAUACAAGACACUUUUGGAGAGAAGAAAAAUGAAAAGUGCUUUGAAAUUAGGACAAAGUCGCAGUGGAGGCCUUAUCAUUUCUCAGAAACAAGUUCAACAAUUUCUGGAGGAUAAAAGUGAAUGCUCAGUGACCCCUCAGACAGUGGCUGACAUCAAAGCAUUGGCAGGUGCCCUGUUAGACACGGUCAAUGAUAAAAACCUGGCUCUCUCCCAUCAAAGGAAAACAAACAAACAUUUUGCUGUCAGAAUUUUAGGCAAUAGAAUAUCAGAGCUGGAAAAGAAGAUCAAAACAUUAGAAGUUGCUGGACUUUGGAAUAUAUCGACAGCUUCUACAAAUUUGGAAAAACUUAAAGAAGAAUGUGAGGAGGUAAAGACAUUGAUACCUCAGCUGUCACAGUCCAGUGAAGAUGGAGUGAAUGGAAAUAGUACCCCGGGAUCCAGUGGGAGUUCAUUAAACAGCAGCCCCCAACAUUCCAGUAGCACCCCCUGCUGUGUCAGUCCCUCACACUACACAGAAGGAUCUGGUAAAUCUAGUCCUCUGGACUCUCUGUAUGACAGCAGUGGUAAAAUUAGUCCCAGAGAUGAGAGUUCAGAACUUUCCCUCUGUGACACAAGUUCAGUUCCGCUAAGUCAAAAGUCUGAUACCAGUGGUAUCUCUCACCACAGUGAUAUCACAAAUGAUGAGAUAUAUUCCCUUACGUCACCAGACAGCAGUACUAGACAGAUAUCGCCCCAGUCCUCCCCAAACGAGGCAAUCCAUAGUAACAACAUGGCCUCACCUAGUCUAAGCCCAAAAGGUAACACCGAGAGCCUAGAUACAGAUGACCUGGAUUUGAUCCCAGAAAAAGAGAGUUCAACAACAAAUUCAAGACACAACAUAGGUGAAAAUUUGCUGGAAAAUGCUGAAACUGAUGAGCUUCUUACGGUGUCCGAGAGUGAAGAUGGAAAACUUUCGGUAGAAAUGGAUGAUACAGAAGAGCAGAUGAAUCUGUUGAUGGAGACAAUGACCAAUAAAAUGCUAAGUGUGAAUCAGAAGUUGAAGGUCAAGGACACUGUCCCUUCAGAUGUUUGUGUCCAAUCAGACCAGGAGGAUGGAGAGGGGUCUUCUGACCGACCAUUGCUUGGUAACAAUGAACCCCCCAGAGACGACCUUAAUGUGGAGUGUUAGGUCAAGGCCAAAUAUUUACAUGCAAUGCUUGCAUGAACAUUUUUAAGAGGGAACAAUCUACCCGUACACAUUUUGCACACAUAAUAAAGAGAUUUUACUAUCACAAUUAGACUAGUGUAAUUUAUUAUGGAUGUUCAGCUGUCAUCAUUUGUUAAAAAUUCAUGAUACAAGUACAGUGUACAUGAUUCAAAUUAAUGCAUUAUGUGUGAUAUACUUUUUUAUUAGCUCACCUGAGCUGAAAGCUCAAGUGAGCUAUUCUGAUCACAUUUUGUCUGUCGUCCGUCUGUCCGUCUGUCUGUCUGUCCGUAAACUUUUCACAUUUUCAACAUCUUCUCAAGAACUACUGGGCCAAUUUCAACCAAACUUGGCACAAAUCAUUCUUAGGCAAAGGGGAUUCAAAGUUGUGAAAAUUAAGGGUCACACUCGUUUUCAAGGGGAGAUAAUUAAAAAUUAAUGAAAAAUUUCGAGAAAUUUUCAAAAAUCUUCUUCUCAAGAACCAGAAAGCCAGGAAAGCUGAAACUUGUGUGGAAGCAUCCUCAGGUAGUGUAGAUUCAAAGUUGUGAAAUUCAUGACCCCCGGGGGUAGGGUGGGGCCACAAUGGGGGGUCAAAGUUUUACAUAGGA